ACCGGUGUAUCAAUUGUUCAUAUUUGAUACCGAGAAACCAACACUUUCAUACAUUGGAAAGUGCAUCUACUCCAAUGAUCAAUAUAUUACAGACAUGGAUUACUCCUACUCAGCUAUCUCCAGCAAGCAUUAUUUGUACAGAAUGUUUUGAACUACUUCAAACUGGAGUGAAUACAAUGAGCGAUGGAAAUCCAAUACCUUUGCCUGCUUUUGGACAUAGAAGAGUCUGCUUUCCCUGUGGAAAUUCUAUUCUACGAGUUUCAAGAACAUACCAUGUGCAACAUGGUCGUCAAGAAAGGAACUUUUUAAUGCGAUUGGUUCCACUUCACCUGGUAUCAAGACUAGAACGUGUAUGUGCUGCCUGUUGGAGGUCAGCUACGAGACAAGUACGGAGACAACAACAGCAUGACUUAAAUCGCCCCACUCUGGCUGGUGCUGGAUCAAGUGUGGAUUUGCGUAUUCCUGAGCCACCUCCUCUUCCACCAUCAAGACCACAAAUAGUGCCACAGGCAACACCAAAAAUUACCUCAGCUUUGUAUAAACGAGCUGCAAAUUCACCAGGACACUGUGUGUUUGUUAAUUGUUUUGAGCCUGAACGUUUACUAAUACCAUCUGCUAUAAAAGACCUAUUAUUAUAUCACCAUAAUUCUAUGUACCAUCUGGAGCACGUGUAUGUAGUCACCACUUAAAUCAUGGUGCAUGGAAUGAGUUAACUUCCCAAUUGAGAGAUUUCACUGGCACACAAUUUGACAGUAUUAUGUCUAUGAUGCAGCGAGCUGCCAAUUACCAAUUUGAUUUUUCUAAUGUUAGGAUGAUGGCUCCACAUUUAUGUCAUUACUGGCUUGGCAUGAGCCCAGAUCAAUUUUAUGAGUUGCUAAACUGCAUUCCAAAUCUAAGUCAACAAGUACCAAAUGCUGCUAUAGCCUUAUCCGUUUAUUUGGUAAAGUUAAGAACCGGUGAUAGCAAUGAAAGGUUGGUAACUCUUUUUAAUAAGCCUCGAUCUACACUAGAACGGUGGAUGACAAAGACCAGAAAUUCCUUAAUAAAUGAUUUUGUUCCCUUUCAACUAGGAUUUAAUCAUAUGUCAAUUCAAGAUGUUGCUUCACGCAAUAAGAUUAUACCAGAAGGACUGUUUAGUAACCCUGAUUUGCCAGCUGAUGUUAAGCCUGCUAUUGUCAUCUGUGAUGCUACUUAUGUAUUUGUUCAAAGUAGUUCAAACUAUUUAUUUCAAAAACAGACCUAUAGCCUACAAAAGCUUGAUAACUUGGUCAAACCAUUUUUGAUUGUUUGCUGUGAUGGGCACAUUCUGGAAUGUCUUGGCCCAUACAAAGCCACUACUAAUGAUGCUACAAUUACAAGUAUUAACUUGAAUGAUGAAGAAUCAUGUAUCCGGUCAUUUUUCAGGAGAGGUGACAUUUUUCUUCUCGACAGAGGUUUCAGAGAUGUAAUUAAUGAACUCCAAGGGCAUGGGUUUGUUACACAUAUGCCAGAGUCUCUCCUGGAAAAUGAACAUCAACUAACAACACAGCAGGCAAAUCGGUCUCGUUUUGUAACAAUGUGUCGUUGGGUUGUAGAAGUAGUAAACGGAAGGAUAAAAAGAGAUUUUAGGUUGUUUCGUCACGUAUUUAAUAACAGAGCUGCUAUGCACCUCAAGGACGAUUUUAAAAUUGGUUGUGCAUUAUUAAACAAGUUCCACGUUGCCAUAGAUGAUCCACCGGAAGCUUUGGAAUAUGUGGCAAUAGCCAAAAAUAGACUUUUUCUUGAAAACCACUUGGCAAGUUAUGUAGAAAACGAAAAUCUCAACAGAAGACGAGCUAUCUUCCAAACUAUUGAUGGCAAUCAUCCUCAUUUAGUGAGAUUUCCAAAACUUUUAAUUACAGACCUGAAGAGAUUCGCUCUAGGUACCUACCAACUAAAGCAAGCAAGAUCCUAUUACGGAGAACAUGUUCGGCAUUCUGGAAUAUAUUCUGUUGAAAUAAACAAUGAAAUCGAUGACGAUAUUCCUCUGAUUUUAGGACUAAAUAACUAUUUGUUGAGAGGAAGAAUCAAAUCAAGGCAUGUUAGCAGUCGUACAUACUAUACUUAUUUGUUAAUAAGUAAAGAUAUUGCUGUAGCAAACAGCUUAGAAGCCAUAACUGGUUAUUGCUGUAGUUGUCUUGUUGGCAAACGAACAGUUGGUUGUUGUGCUCACAUCAUGACAGUGGUGUGGUUUUUGAGUUGGGCUCGUUAUAAUGACAUUGCUGCCCCGGCACCUUAUUUAGAUGAUUUUUUCAAUGAAUAUGAUGAAUGAAACCAAUAAGGUAAAUCCAUAUUCAGUAGUUAUACUAAAUUGAUUCUCUACAUAAUAUUUUGUAAUAAUUUAUGAAGAGAGCAAAAUGAAAAAGCCAUAUUUUUCGGCGUUUGUUUGGAAAGUGAAGUCUUUAUUAUUUUUUCUUAUUUUGCUUUUAAAUUGUCCUUGACAUAAAU